GCCUGAAGAAUGGUGGCAGUCUUGCUGCUGGGGCUCAGCUGCAUCUGUUCCCCAUUGGUAGCCCUGGUCCUAGACUACAACAGCAUCAAGAGUUCAGCUGAAGUGCAGGGCACCAGAAAGAGUUCACAGUGCAUAACAGACCAGGACUGUAAUGCUAGCAAAUUCUGCCUCAAGCCUGAAGAUGAAGUGCCCUUCUGUGCUACCUGUCGUGGGUUACGAAGAAGAUGCAAGCGUAAUGCUAUGUGCUGCCCAGGGACUAUUUGUCUAAAUGAUGUUUGCAGCCAGACUGAAGAAGUUACCCCAACAGAAGGAAGAAGGACUGAUGAACAGGAUGGUUCUGAUUCAAAAGGGACAACUCAACACCAGAUCCAAGAAAAGAACUCUAAAAAAGGACUUGUCAAAUCUCCAAGCAAUAAAGGUCAAGAGGGAGAAAGCUGCCUUCGCACAUCAGAUUGUGCCUUUGGGCUUUGCUGCGCUCGCCAUUUCUGGACCAAAAUCUGUAAGCCAGUUCUCCGUGAAGGACUGGUCUGUUCCCGCCGGGGACACAAAGAUGUUGCUCAAGGUCCAGAAAUUUUCCAACGCUGUGAUUGUGGCCCUGGUUUGUCUUGCCGACCACUGCUCAUUGGGCUGCCACAACGAUCUCGCUUAAACAUCUGCCAAAGAACCUAA